AUGGAAUCUCUCGAUCAUACCGCAGACAUAUCUCGGGGUUCGUCAUCUGAACCUCUAUCCUCUGAACUCUCGUCGCUCGAAAUCAAUUCCCAAGACUUCUUUAUGCGUUCAGCAAAAGAGGGGGAGCAGCACCCAUUUACGACUCGACAAAUUCUACAGAAAAUCGUUGAACACAGGCUGACUGCACUGCGACGUGAUCAGACCCGCGACCAGUAUAUAACAGGGAAAUAUUGUCGACGCUUCUAUCACGAGCUCACCAGAACGUUGCUUAUAAAGAUAAUGCCGAAUCCCGCUCACGAGCUUGCAGCGGAAAGUUUCAAGUCUCUUGUUUCUGUCAAACUCCACGCCCUGAACAUAGACGACGAAGUGUGGCCGUAUGGAUCGACAACGGUGACAGGGGGUGGUUGGAAAAAACAAGCAGAUUGUUGCUGGGCGCCCGCCUCGACGAAUGCAAGCCUGAGUCUCGUUGUAGAGGUUGGUCUGUCCGAGUCAGCGAGACGACUUGCGCUCGAUGCCCACGGUUGGCUUGAGCUUCAGUCUUCGGUGAAACUUGUGGUUACGAUAAGCAUCAAAAGCGAAAGACCUGAAAUUGUUUUCACCCGAUGGGAGUUGCUUCCCCGAAUUGAUGGCGCCAUCACCAGAGCCUCCCCCGCUUCAGCACGUCGAGUCGUAUCUUUGAAGCUAUGUCGAAUGAAUGAUACUACAUCUGUCACCAGAGAGUCUACGAUGAACGGCAUAAGUACAACCUCGCAACUAGUAAUCCCUUUCGACAAGCUUGUUAACCGCCCCCCCCACCAUCCCACAGAGAAAGACUUGGUGAUAACCGAAGAGGAGUUGAAAAGGUUGGCGGAGCGUGUCUGGAAGGAGCAAGGUUUCCUCUAA